UAUCCCAAAUACCGGUACCAAACUUCCAGCCCUACCGUCAAGGAUAUUAUGGACUUUUCCCUAUAUUUUAGCUUUCAGUUGCAUGUUCCUUGCGUGUACAUAGCUCAAAAUUUAAUAUUCACUGCAAAAUAUCGUCUGCAGUGUAAGCAAUAGCCAAUAAGGUCUGAGGCAGGGCGACCCACUAUCAACCUACCUUUUCCUGUUCUGCGUGGAGGGGCUGUCAACCCUAUUAAAGAAAGCAGUGGAGGGAGGGGCAAUUCAUGGCAUCAAAGCCUCAGUUAGAGGACCAGCUGCCUCUCAUCUGCUUUCGCGGAUGAUAGUGUGAUCUUUACGAGAGAAACAGCUCAGGAGAGUAGGGAAUUACAGAAGAUCCUGCGAGAUUAUGAGGAAGAAUCGGGCCAAGUGGUCAACUUGAUCAAAUCAGAGCUGACAUUUAGCCCGAGUGUCCCAAAAGAGAAGAAGGAUGAGUUGUCUUGUAUUUUGGGUAUGAAACAGGUGGACUUCCACCAGAAAUACUUGGGACUCUCCACAGUUAUUGGCCGAGAGAAAAAAGCUGUAUUCCAAAACUUGGUGGAUAGAGUUAGGAAGAAGAUCAAACACUGGAAAGGCCAGACACUAUCUAUUGCGGCAAAAGAAGUGUUGAUCAAGUCUGUGGCUCAAUCACAUGCAACUUAUCCUAUGUCGGUUUUCUUAAUUCCAUAUAGUGUUAUUCAUGAACUGCGAAAAGCAAUAUCUAGCUUUUGGUGGGGUCAGCAGAAAGAAGAGAAAAGAAUCCCAUGGAGAGCUUGCCACAAAUUGUGUCAACCGAAGUCGAAAGGGGGAAUGGGUUUUCGAGAGCUACAUGCUUUCAAUAUUGCCUUGUUAGGAAAACAAGUAUGGAAUUUGCUAAACAAUCCAGAAUCCUUGGCAGGCAGAGUGUUGAAGGCAAAGUAUUUUCCUAAUCCGACUAUUCUGCAAGCUCAGCUAGGGAACAAUCCAAGCUACACAUGGAGGAGUAUAAUGUCGGCUCAACACCUAGUCAAGGAGGGGACUCGAUGGAGAGUAGGGAAUGGGUCGGAGAUAAACAUCUGGGCAGAUAGAUGGGUGGCAGGGGCUGAGGAAAAUGAUUAUCGAGUCUCUUCCCCAAAACCACAAUCAGGGGGAUUGACUAGAGUAAUGGACCUUAUUGAUCACGAACAGAGAGUGUGGAGGUGGAAUUUGCUCCAAAGUAGCUUUACCACGGAGGAUCGAGCAAGAAUUGUAGCUAUUCCUAUACCCAGGCAGCCAGCAAAGGAUGACCUAGUGUGGAGCGCUGAAAAGAAAGGCGAAUACACUGUGAAAUCGGCUUAUGCCUUGUUAUCCACCAGAGAUUAGGCUCCCGAGACCCCAGGUUGAAUGAUGAAGAAGGGGAAGGAUUGGACGGGGAAGAGAAUCUGGAAAUUUAUGACCCUAUGGACUGGGACAGAUUAUGGAAACUACAGAUCCCACCUAAAGUGAAGAUCUUGCUCUGGAGGUUGGCUCACGAAAUUCUCCCGACUGGAAAGAAUAUUGAAAAGAAGAAGAAAGACGCGGCGACUGAGUGCCCGUUCUGCAACCUGGAAGAGACUCAAACCCACAUAUUUAGAGAGUGCCAAUGGGCAAGUCGGAUCUGGAGACCAAUAAUUUUCAGGGAUCUCUUCGAGUUCGAGCCUACGCUAUCAUCGGGCAGUUGGCUUUGUGAGGUAAUGGAAAGAGUCGAUGAUGAAACACUGGAGAAGCUAGGGCUGAUUCUAUGGUUGAUUUGGCAUGAAAGGAACAAUCAAAUGUUCAAUAAACCGAAGGCGGAGGAAUGGGCGAUCAUAGGGAAGGCUUUAGAUUUUUGGGAGGAGUACAAAUCCCACCACUCAAAGGAGCAAGAAACUAAAUCGAGCAAGAAAUGUACCUGGGAGAAGCCGCUGGAAGGAUGGGUGAUGGUGAACAUGGACGCUGCGGUGAUGGCGGGGGAGGGAACAGGGCUGGUGGUUCGCGACGAAAAUGGAAAAUUUCUGCUCGCGGCGGUUCGGUGGGAGAGAAAGCAGUGGCCGCCGGAAAUUGCUGAACUCCGGGCUAUGGAUUUUGGGUUGCAGAUGGUGGAACGCCAGGGUUUCUUACCGGCGGUGGUGGAGAGUGACUGCCAGAAUUCUAUCCAGAAAAUAAAGGGUGAGGAAGAUUCAAGGAUGGAAGCAGGUGUCGUCGCGAGAGAGCUAAAGGAGCGGGCCGAGUCUUUGGGCCAGAUCCGGUGGAGCUUUACAAAGAGAACAGGGAAUGAAACGGCUCACUUACUGGCCCACUCAAACUAUAACUGGGAUUCUUCUGAGUCUUGGGCUCUUAGGCCUCCAAUGUUUAUCCUUCCUCAUCUGGAGAAGGACAAUUUGAUCACUUAAUAAUAUAAGCAGGUUUCUGUCAAAAAAAAAAAAACAUGCAUUCUUGUUUGGAAAUGUAUUAUUUGAGUAUUUUGUUUGACGAAGUGAUUUAAGUUAAAUUAUCUUAGCACCGCCUAUCACAAUCACAAGUGGGGCCAAGUAGCUCACCCAGCGGCGGAUCCAGGGGCCACCCCGGCCAGGCCCAUCCCUCCUCUCAUCCACAGCUAGUAUAGUACGUGUAAAUUUUGUAUUUUUAAUAUUUUUCGAUGUGUUUUUGGGUUCUGUCGGGUUACGGUCCAGUCCGGAGCCCUCUCCACCUCUUUUCAAAUACGGCCAAGUGCUCUACGUACCCUAUCCUAACAAAUGUCAAUGAGUCGG